AUGGCGGCUAACGAGGAAGAAGGAAGCAUCUUGAAAGCUCUUGACAGUGCAAAGACUCAACUGUACCACUGCAAGGCGGUUGUAGUCUCCGGUAUGGGUUUUUUCACAGACUCAUACGAUCUCUUCGUGAUAUCUCUCAUCACGAAGCUACUUGGCCGGAUCUACUAUCAAGUUCCUGGCUCCUCCUCUCCUGGAAGCCUCCCUGACGGAAUCUCUGCCGCCGUGAGCGGUGUGGCCUUUGCUGGAACGUUUCUUGGACAGAUUUUCUUCGGGUGCCUUGGUGACAAGCUUGGACGUAAGGGAGUGUAUGGUUUGACCCUCUUAAUCAUGACCAUAUGCUCCAUUGGCUCUGGUCUUUCCCUUGGUCAUGACCCCAAAACCGUCAUGGUAACUCUCUGCUUCUUCCGCUUCUGGCUCGGGUUUGGCAUUGGUGGUGACUAUCCACUCUCGGCUACGAUCAUGUCCGAAUAUGCUAACAAACGUACUCGUGGUGCGUUCAUAGCAGCGGUUUUUGCUAUGCAAGGAGUUGGGAUCCUUGCCGCAGGAAGUGUUUCUUUACUUGUCUCGUAUAUUUUCGAGAGUACGUUCCCAUCUCGGGCCUAUGUAUUGGACGGUGCGGCCUCAACCGUCCCACAGGCGGAUUACGUAUGGAGGAUCAUCCUCAUGUUGGGCGCCUUACCAGCUCUCUUGACAUACUAUUGGCGUAUGAAGAUGCCUGAAACUGCUCGUUACACCGCUCUAGUUGCCAAGAACGCUGACCAAGCGGCUUCGGAUAUGUCUAGAGUUCUUAACGUAGAUGUUGAAGCCUCUUCAGCGAAACAUGAUCAAGCUAGGGUUUCCACUGACGAGUUUGGCUUGUUCUCUAAGAAAUUCCUUCACCGUCACGGACUUCACCUAUUCGGAACAGCCACCACAUGGUUCCUCCUCGACAUUGCUUUCUACAGCCAAAACUUGUUCCAGAAGGAUAUCUUUACAACCAUCGGAUGGUUACCUCCGGCUAAAACCAUGAACGCACUCCAAGAGCUCUUCAUGAUUGCCAGGGCUCAAACCCUAAUCGCUCUUUUCAGCACGGUUCCGGGUUACAUUGCCACUGUUGCUUUGAUCGACAGAAUCGGACGAUACUGGAUUCAGAUCAUUGGAUUCACUAUGAUGACUGUGUUCAUGUUGGUUUUAGCCAUACCGUACCACCAUUGGACUUUACCAGCUAACCGAAUUGGUUUUGUGGUUUUCUACUCUCUCACUUUUUUCUUCUCCAAUUUCGGACCUAACGCAACUACGUUCAUUGUCCCGGCUGAGAUUUUUCCGACGAGGCUUAGGUCUACUUGUCACGGUAUCUCGGCGGCGUCAGGUAAAGCCGGUGCGAUGGUUGGUGCAUUCGGGUUUGCUGCUUUGGUUAAAGCUGUAGGUAUGAGCACGACGCUAUACAUCAUGGCAGGAAUCAAUUUUGUUGGCUUGGCGAUCACGGUACUUGUAAUUCCGGAGUCUAAGGGGAUGUCACUGGAGGAGCUUUCCGGAGAAACUGAACCGGAGAAGAUCGAGAAGAAGAUUGUUGUUUAG